AGUGUUCGCACGAGCCCCGCCGCUUCCGGUGCCGGGCGGACGCCGCGGGCGGAGGGAGACGCGCCCGGGGGCGUCGUGCAGCCCGCCAUGGAGUGCACGGCGCUGGAGACCCUCGUCGAGAUGGGCUUCCCGCAGCACCGAGCGGAGAAGGCCUUGGCACUCACUGGGAACCAGGGCAUCGAGACGGCUAUGGACUGGCUCGUGGCCCACGAGAAUGACCCCGACCUGGAUGAGCCCUACGAGGAGCCGCUGCCACAGGGCCCCGUCCCGGGUGCCAAGCCUGCGGCCAGUGCCGGAAGAGGAGGUACCGGUGAAGAUGGCGUGCCUGAGGAGGACAGCAAGCAGCCGCUGUCCGAGGAGGAGAGAAAGGAGCAGACCAAGAGGAUGAUGGAGCUGAUCGCCCAGAAGCAGCGUGAACGCGAGGAGCGGGAGAAGCGGGAAAUGAUCGAGCGAGAGAGGCAGCGGCGGAAGCAGGGCCAAGAGUUGUCCCUCAUCCGGCAGCGGCUGCAGGAAGAAGAGAUGAAAAAGCUGGCAGAGCAGCGGCGCAGGGAGAAGAUGGAGGAGAAGCUGGCCAAGCAGCGGGUCCGUGAAAAGAUUGAGCGGGACAAGGCAGAACGUGCCAAGAAGUUUGGUGCUGGCAGCGGUGUGCAGAGCUCCACUGAGCCACCGGCGGUCCCCAUCAUGCCAUCAUCCCCUAGCCAGGAGCCCCCCUCCAAGCGGGAGUAUGACCAGUGUCGGAUCCAGGUGCGGCUGCUGGAUGGGACGUCGCUGACACAGACCUUUAAGGCGAAAGAGCAGCUGGCAGCUGUGCGGCUCUAUGUGGAGCUGAAUCGCAAGGACAGCGAGGAGCCCUUCAGCCUGCUCACCACCUUCCCCCGCCGUGUCUUCACUGAGGAGGACAUGGAGAAGCCCCUGCAGGAGCUGGGUCUGGUGCCUUCUGCUGUGCUCAUCGCAGCCAAGAAGUGCAACAGCUGAAAGUGGCGACCGGAGCCUUCCCUAGCCCUGGAGCCCAUCCUGCAGCCCCCAGGGGCUGCACAUGGCUCCCCUGGCUCUGCUGGGAAAUAAACGUUCCCUCUCCCCUGUG